GUACUACUGAAGUUGGUUCAAGGCGAGUUGAACAACAGACAGUGCUGGACCUUGAUUUUUAUACAUGAUGAUGUCGAAACUUGAGUACGAAGCGAACAAGACUCAGUUGUUCUUGCUGAUAAACAAAGUCGAGCUUGAGGAUGAAGGGAUGUACCAGUGUGAAAUUAAUUACAUCAUUGAAAGCAUUAACGAGGAUUGUAACUAUGACGCGCAAUUCAUCAACUUUACAACACUGAUUAAACCUGAGUUCAUUACAAUUGAAGGAGACGGGAAAGAGAUAACGAACGGGUCAAAGAUCGGCCCGUUGACCGAAGACGACGAAAUCACCCUGACCUGUUCUUCCGGUGGAGCCAAGCCGAUUCCAACGAUUCAGUGGUACAACGGGACGACUCUCCUGGAAGGGGAGUGUGAAGAGGAAAAAACCGAUGGCCUCAUCGGUACCAACACGAACAAAGUGAAGAUCAGAGUCAGCAGGGGUGACUUAGGAAUCGACUACCAAUGCCGAGCUCUUCAUCCAACGAUCGCAGGCUACAUCUCAAAAGAGUUCCAGUUCGAAGUCAACGUGCGUCCCAACAAUCUUGAGAUGUCACCGGUAAACUACCCUAUAAUCAAAGGGAACAAAGUCCAUCUGACUUGUACGGUGAAAGGAGCGAGGCCUGCGGCGAACAUAACUUGGUACAACGGAACUACAGCUCUUCAGGAAACGGAAAGCGAAGUAAAAAUGUUAAUAGAUAGGAAACCCUACACGAAAAAGAUAGCGAACGGAGACAACACUUUUGAUACAGUUUCUCAACUCGUCUUCAUCGCUACAAGGUUCGAGAACGAGCAAUCACUGAGCUGCGAAGCCUCCAACGAAAUAAUGAGAUCGAGACACGAAGGGAACAUGAGAGAAACAACCACUUUGGAAGUUAUGUACCCUCCGAUAGUGACUGUAGCACCUGAAAACAUAACUGUCAACGAAACAACGGACAUUCUUAUUUUCUGUCAGUACGAGGCCAAUCCGUCUACUCUCGUUUCUGUUAAAUGGAUGAGAGAUGAAGAGGAAGUAAUACUUGAGCCUGAUCAUUACCAAGGAGGCACAACGGAACAUACAGCACUUUUAAUCAAAAAUUCUACUAGAUACGACAUUGGCUCGUAUACUUGUAUAUUGGCAAAUGAAAUCGGUGCUAUGCCUUCUCAUAAUUCUGUGAAUGUUUCUGUAUACUUCAAACCUAUUGUAAACGUUAGCUUGUCACCACCGUCACCGGUAACAGAAGUGGAUAAUUUAAACAUUACGCUAACUUGUAAUGUGAUUGCUGGAAACCCUGAUACAUUAAAAGCAGUGAGGUGGUAUCUUAACGGCCAACUGCUAAAAGAACUUCCUGACUGUUCGGAUUCAACUUUUUGCAAUUUGGAUCCUAGUAUGAUGUUACUGGAAGAAGUCGGAAGAAAUUUUCAUGGCAAUUACUCCUGUAUUGGUAUGAACGAUGCCGGCUGGGGGCCGAUUUCACCAGAGGCUGAACUUGCUGUUUACUACCCUCCCAGUGCUGUAACACUUAAAUACACUCCCUCCAGCGUUGUAAAACGUGGUUCAAUGACUUUAAUGUGUUCAGUCGGAGAUUUGGGCAGACCUGCCAAUACAACAUACAGAUGGAUGAGAGGAGCACACAUUGUUUUUGAUGUGACAACUGCCAAUUGGACUAUUGACCCAGUUACAUUAGAAACCCAAUCUAACUUUACUUGCGCUGCUGUAAAUUUAGGAGGAGAAAGUGAAUCAGCUACAGUUUUUGUAAAUGUCUUUGCACCACCAACAUUCAUAGAAAGACUGCCCUUGUAUUAUGGUGCUCUCAUGACAUCCCAAAGCAUAAGUAUAACAUGCAGAGUUGAAUGCUAUCCAGUUUGUUCGAUAACGUGGCAGAAAAAUGGCCAGCGGUUGGAGACCGGUUCAAGAAGUCGAUACUAUGUUAUUAGUAAAGUCGAACCACCAGACACAAGGACUAACGAUUUUCAGUCAGUCAAGUCAACACUUAUUUGGAAUAUGACUGCUUGGCCUGGAGGUGUCUUAGACAGAAUGACAGACAAUGCAAAUUACUCGUGUGAAAGCACAGGGAAUGCAGUAGGUUCUGGAGUCAAAAGCACCAUGUUCUUUGGUGUAGAAUACCCACCAGAAAAUAUGACUGUUUCUAACAGUAUCGUAAAUGUCACUGAAGGAAAUAUUCCUGAAAAGAUCUUAUGCUCAGCAAAAGCCUAUCCAGAAGCAACAUAUCAAUGGCGAAGGGAAGGAGAAAAUGAAGUAGUAAUGAAGGGAAACGCAUUAAUCGUCAACCAUGCCGUUUUAAGGAGAAAUGCUGGAAAUUACACAUGUGAAGCUCAAAACCGACAUGGCAAUAAUACGAAAACCAUCUUUAUUAAUGUUUUAUACCGUCCAGAAUGCGGAAUCACAAAGAAGGAAGUCGAGGGAAAACUCGUCCUAAUCUGCCAAGCCCUCGCAAACCCAGCCGAAGUUGAUUUUACAUGGAAAAUCAAAAAUGAGAAUGAAACAAUUGAAGAUAACAUUGAGAAAAAUGGACUCCAGAGUCUUUUAACUCUAGAAACAAGGGUUGAAAGCUUCAGAACUUAUUUGUGUUUUGCAAACAACUCGGUCGGAAUGUCCAUCCCGUGUGAAAUGGAUGUAACUGGAAGUAUCAGUUGGUGGGGAAAGCUGGAGAAAGAAAAUUUAAUGAUACUAAUUGCUAUUAUAGCAGGUAUCAUUUUGAUGGUCAUCAUCAUCUGCAUCAUCAUAAUCAUUGUUUGUAGAAGAAAACGGGCUGCAGAUAAAUAUAAUAUCCCAGUGGAGCUUGAAGAUAGAGAAAACCCCGAAGGAAGCUGUACCAACAACAACAAUAACAACCCAGGAGGAGCAAGUACACCGACAAACGGCCAUGUCUCCAAGUGGCCGAUGAGACCGGGUGUCCUUGUUCAUGUGAACAACAACCACAGCCUGCUUUCUUCAGCACCGAGCGGGAGAUCUCCAAAUGAGAGCCAGGCUUCAAGGACGAGCAGAAUAAAAGCCAUGUUUUCUCAGGAUCCGAACACCCAGCACUUUCCUGGUGUCUUCCAAUCAAAGUCAGGAGUGGUCACUUUCAAACGUCUCGAUUCCUCCUCUGAGAACAACACCUUGGUUAGACAACAGAAGAAACCGGAUAUUACAGGUCCAAACCCAUCUUCAAACAAGGAUAUAAACUCAUCACACAGCAAUGCUCUUCUCCCUCCAGACCCAGACAAGGCAUUUUAUGAAAACUUGCCCUUUCACAAUAUCCAAAACCCUCCCAACAAGGCUAGUCGACCACCAAGCAGAAUAAGCUCUGGAUAUGGCUCUGCCAGAAGCCAGAAAGCGUUAAGGCCAGCAAGAAAAUUUCUCACAGUACGUCCAUUGGGUACAAAACCAAGAAACUGGCCUCAAUUCCGUUCUUUGAGAAUUUCUAAAGCCAAGAAUAGCCUGCCAGUCCCAGCGCCGAGAGUAUUUUUCCCAAAAAAGCCACCAAUAAAUCACAGUUAUCAAAAUGUGCCUCCUCCAAAGGAUUUGAUAGCAGGAUCAUCAGAGAGCCCUGCCGAACCAAAACCAUCUGAACCAAAAGAGACUGAGAACCCUACCAAAGAAAAUGCAAAAGAUACCAGCUGUCCCAGGAUAGUUUUAGCCAAAGAGAAAAGUGUAAAUAGCAAAAAGGAUGUACAUAAAAGUGUUCCACCUCACAAUGACAUUCAGCAAAAUACCAAAGAUACCCAAAACGAAGAAGAAAAAGACAAUAAAAUUCGUUCCAAUGAUGCCAAAGAAAGUAAAGAAAAUCUGACACCAAUAAAUAAAACUCCAGAUCGAACUGAAGAGAGAAUAGCAUAUGGGGAGAACGGUGGGCGACAUCACAGUCACGGGAGGAGUUCGACAGGUGGAAGGACAAAACGAAAACAGCACCGGAGAUCAGAAAUGGAGUGCCCCAGGUACAGGCCUGGAUCGGCACCAGGAUCGCCGCCUUCGAACCGAUACCUGCCUCCAGACAAUCCGCCCCUUCCACAGCUUGUCUAUCAAGCCCCACCAAGAUCUCAUCACACAGAGUACAGCCACCCAAGAAACAAGACAGAUUACACUUUUAUUAAGUUCCAUGACGUAGGACAGGAAAUCGAUGUUUAAUUUGCCUUACAGACCUGAAUACUCAGAUUUGGAUUAUGCAGAUGUCGAUUAUCGUUCGUACGGUCCGAUUAAUUAUAAAGCUGCUUCUAUCU